CGAGCGAGCUACCCCUCCGACCUCAACAAUCAUCUCCCUCACACCUCCAUCAGCGCCAACUUUACACACCUACCCCGCCCUAUAUUCUCUCCAAUCGUCUCGUCUCUCUCGUGCUCGAGUCAACCAACUGUCUCCCCACCUCAAUUGACAUCUCGAAGCUCUCAAGAUGUCCAACGACGCUACCAACGUUCGCGAGCGCCGUCCCUCCACCAGCGCUCCCCUCUCCGACCUCAAGGGCCCCGUCGGUCCCGCAAACUUCACCAGACCCAAGCAUAAGCGUACCGUCACUGGUUUCGGCCCCAGCGAGAUCAAGAAUGUAGAGGCCAGCAUCCCAGAGCCCCAGCGUGAGGCCUGGAGGAAGUUCACACCCAAGCCCUUCUCAACUCCCGAGGAAUUCGGAAAGGAGGCCGUCCGACACAUUGAAACCACCCUCGCGCGAUCCCUUUACAACUGCGACGAGUCCGCUGCCUAUGCCGGAACCGCCCUGGCCUUCCGCGACCGAUUGGUCCUGGACUGGAACAAGACCCAGCAGACGCAGACCUUCACCGACCAGAAGCGUGUAUACUACCUUUCCCUCGAGUUCCUGAUGGGACGUGCUUUGGACAAUGCCAUGUUGAACGUGGAGCAGAAGGAUCUUGCUACGAAGGGCCUCAGCGAGCUCGGCUUCCGCAUGGAAGACAUCAUCUCCCAAGAACACGAUGCUGCCCUCGGAAACGGUGGUCUCGGACGCCUCGCCGCCUGCUUCCUCGAUUCCCUCGCAUCCCUCAACUACCCCGCCUGGGGCUACGGUCUUCGUUACAGAUAUGGUAUCUUCAAGCAGGAGAUUGUCGACGGAUACCAGGUAGAAGUCCCAGACUACUGGCUUGACUUCAACCCUUGGGAGUUCAAGCGCCACGACAUCACUGUCGACAUCCAGUUCUACGGACACGUCAACAGGUGGCAGGAUGACGAGGGUAAGCAGCACUCCUCAUGGGAGGGCGGCGAGAUCGUCCAGGCUGUAGCCUUUGAUGUGCCCGUUCCCGGAUACAAGACGCCCACAUGCAAUAACCUCCGUCUCUGGGGCAGCAAAGCUGCCUCGGGAGAGUUCGACUUCCAGAAGUUCAACUCGGGCGAGUAUGAGAGCUCCGUCGCCGACCAGCAGCGCGCCGAAACCAUCUCCGCUGUAUUGUACCCCAACGAUAACUUGGAGCGCGGUAAGGAGCUCCGCCUGAAGCAGCAGUACUUCUGGUGCGCUGCAUCCCUCUAUGACAUCGUCCGACGAUUCAAGAAGACCAAGCGCUCCUGGAGGGACUUCCCCAACCAGGUCGCCAUCCAGCUCAACGACACCCACCCGACCCUUGCCAUCCCCGAACUCCAGAGAAUCUUGGUCGACGUUGAGGGUCUUGAGUGGGACGAGGCUUGGAGCAUCGUUCAGAAGACCUUUGGCUACACCAACCACACCGUUCUCCCCGAGGCAUUGGAGAAGUGGUCGGUCCCGCUGUUCCAGCACUUGCUCCCCCGCCAUCUUCAGAUCAUCUUCGAGAUCAACUUGCACUUCCUGCAGUUCGUCGAGAGGAACUUCCCCCAGGAUCGCGAGAUGCUGUCUCGUGUAUCCAUCAUCGAGGAGUCUAACCCCAAGAUGGUCCGCAUGGCCUACCUUGCCCUCAUUGGUUCUCACAAGGUCAACGGUGUUGCCGAGUUGCACUCCGACCUGAUCAAGACCACCAUCUUCAAGGACUUUGUCAAGAUCUACGGCCCCGACAAGUUCACCAACGUCACUAACGGCAUCACCCCCCGUAGGUGGCUCCACCAGGCCAACCGCAGACUGUCCGAUCUCAUUGCCUCCAAGCUCGGCGGACACGACUUCCUAAAGGACCUCACUCUCCUCCACAAGCUCGAGGCCGCCGUCGAUGACAAGGACUUCCGUAAGGAGUUCCGCGAGAUCAAGUACGCCAACAAGGUCAGGCUCGCCAAGCACAUCAAGGAGCACAACGGCGUGACCGUCAACCCCUCUGCACUCUUCGAUGUCCAGGUCAAGCGUAUCCACGAGUACAAGCGACAGCAGCUGAACAUCUUCGGUGUGAUCCACCGCUACUUGGAAAUCAAGAAGAUGUCCGCCGAGGAGAAGAAGAAGCAGGUCCCUCGUGUCUCCAUCUUCGGUGGAAAGGCUGCUCCCGGAUAUUGGAUGGCGAAGACCGUCAUCCACUUGAUCAACCAGGUCGGAAAGGUGGUCAACAACGACCCCGACGUCGGCGACCUCCUCAAGGUCAUCUUCUUGGAGGACUACAAUGUCAGCAAGGCUGAGAUUAUCUGCCCUGCCAGCGACAUCAGCGAGCACAUCUCGACCGCAGGUACCGAGGCUAGUGGAACUAGCAACAUGAAGUUCUGCCUGAACGGUGGUUUGAUCAUCGGCACCUGCGACGGAGCUAACAUCGAAAUCACUCGCGAGAUUGGCGAGCAGAACAUCUUCCUCUUCGGCAACCUCGCCGAGGACGUCGAGGACCUCCGACACAACCACUUGUACAACCAGUACCAGUUGGACUCGCAGCUCGCCACUGUGUUCGACACCAUCUCCUCUGGAACUUUCGGUGACGCUGGCGCUUUCUCUGCCCUUCUCAACGGCAUCGUCGACCAUGGUGACUACUACCUCGUCAGCGACGACUUCGCCUCGUACCUCGAGACCCAGAAGCUCAUCGACGAGAGCUUCAAGAACACCGAGGAGUGGACCACCAAGACCAUUCUCACGGUCGCUAGGAUGGGUUUCUUCUCCAGCGACAGGUGUAUCGACGAGUAUGCCGAAGCCAUCUGGAACGUCGAGCCCCUUGUUCCCAAGGACGACUAGAAUGGUUUUCGAUGACGAAUGUGAUAACGAAACAUAUUUGCUUUUUUUUCAUAUAUAAACCUUCUCUGACUCGCAUCUGGAUACGCCAUACCGGCUUGGCUUCGGUUGGAACACUAGAGCGGUAGAUCGCUAGAGAUUGAUUUUAUCUUCUAUAUUUCUACUUUAUAUAUUUCAUGUUUCUAGCCUUUCAAUACUUUUCAUUCUGUGUGAGCCAGCUUGUUAGUCUUCUUUGAGGUAGUCAUCACGAUCCAACGCUUGAAAUGAAACAUCUCGUUUGAAAUGACACAUCCA